AUGGAUAGUAGCUCAAGCAACAAAGGCGACAGUAACUUCGCAGAUACCUACUCAUCCUCAACCUCAGUGGCAGCCGCCGCCCCAGAAUCUUCCACCCUGGCAGUCAAACUAUCAGAAGACCCCGAGGGUCAGGUCCAGCAAGGCCACGACCAUGGCCCUGGAGAUGAAACCAAGAAUCAUUCUCAGGACCACCGCCACUCUCUGAAAGAACCCGACCAAGACUCUCAUACCAACACCCAGGCCUUGCGAAGGAGUCGGUCAGGUCGUCUUCUUCGAUCGACCGUUCAAUACGACGAGCGUGAUAUCCAAAGCCGUUCCCGCGACAAUUCUCCAGGUCCUCAGGAUAACUAUGGGGAGUCAUCCAGGCCGUCCUUUCCCAACCAAGGCGCACGUUCUAUGGGUAGGAGCCACCAGGACCUUUCCGGACAGAGCGAGCACGACCCUUCCGGUCGACGCAAUUCGUCCGCAUCCCCUCAGGACGACCGCCCCCCACAACGUCAGAUUGGGGGCAGUGACAGUGAAGGUGGAAACCGCAACGAGUCGCACCGGUACAGGGACGAGAGUAUGAAUGGGAUGAUGAGCGAAGAGGAGCAGGACGAGGAUGGAUCUGGCGAGGACGCUGAAGACGGAAACAACGAGGAAGGCUCUGAGUCCAUGGACACCAACUCUUCCAAAAACGACGAUGGCUCUGAUAAUCUCGUUGUCUCCAUGUAUGGAUCUCCCAGUCUGGUCAAGGUCAGGAGCAUGUUUAUCGACAAGCUUUACAAGUAA